CUAAUCAUUUCCGUUGGCUGCCGGGAAACAAGAAACAGCGGUGGUUUUUUCUUCCUCAUUCUUCGUCAACAACGAAGCAACGAAGAAAAUCGGACUCAGUAGAGCAUAUAAAAGAAAACCUUCGUUAACCAUGGAUUCUACACUAAACUUCAGUGUUUUGUUUCAGAAGAUUUGCCUCAGAGGCAUUUGUUUGGCCCUCGGGCGAGAAGAAUUGAAGGAACAGCGAAAGAAAGAGAUAACGAACAGUUGUAAUGUGGAGAAGUUUGGUACUGACGAGAAGGUGCUUUUCGACUUCAUCUUCGAAGGCUCUCGGUCUCGGAUGGUUCGAUCAUAUUGAACCGGCUCCGAAGGAUCCGAUCAUCGGAGUUACUGAGUCUUUUCUGGCCGAUCCUAGCCCUAACAAAAUCAACCUUGGAGUGGGAGCUUACCGGGAUGACGAGGGGAAACCUGUGCUGCUUCAAUGUGUUAGGGAUGCUGAAUCGAAGAUUGCCGGUAGCGAGUUCUUAGAGUCAAUUUCUGCUGCCGCGAGUUCAACAUUUGUGGAGGAGAGUGUGAAGUUGGUUUAUGGAAAGGAUUCUGAUGUGAUCAAGGAAAGAAGAUUUGCUGCACUUCAGGCACUUUCUGGAACUGGAGCAUGCCGACUAUUUGCUGAAUUUCAGAGGCAUUUUCAUCCUGAUGUUCCAAUUUUCUUGCCUGAACCAACUUGGUCUAACCACCAUAACAUUUGGAGAGAUGCUCAAGUGCCAGUGAGAACCUACCGCUACUACCAUCCAGAUUCAAAGGGUUUGAAUUUUGGAGCAUUAAUGGACGAUAUCAAGAAUGCCCCAGAAGGUGCUUUCUUUCUGCUCCAUCCUUGUGCUCACAACCCAACUGGUGUCGACCCAACAAUGGAACAAUGGAAGGAAAUUUCAAAUCAGUUGAUGGUGAAACAUCACUUUCCCUUCUUUGACAUGGCGUAUCAAGGUUUUGUCAGUGGAGAUCUUGAAGAGGAUGCCAAAGCUAUACGGCUUUUUCUUGAAGAUGGACAUAUGGUGGGCUGUGCUCAGUCUUUUGCGAAGAAUAUGGGUUUAUACGGACACAGGGUUGGUUGUCUAAGUGUUCUCAGCAAAGAUCAAGAGCAAGGCCAGAUAGUAAGAUCUCAGCUGCUGCGACUGGCCAGGGCAAUGUAUAGCAGCCCUCCCAUUCAUGGUGUGUUAUUAGUCUCAACAAUCUUGAGCGAUCCACAUCUGAAGGCUGAAUGGAUUGAAGAACUACAGGUCAUGGCCGAUCGUAUUCGAUCUAUGAGAGCUAGUUUGUUUGAUAAUCUUGAGAAAUUGAAGUCUCCUCUCAAUUGGGACCACAUAAUCAAGCAGGUUGGAAUGUUUUGCUAUUCUGGAUUAAACUGUGAGCAGAUUGAUGAGCUGGCCAGGAACUUUCAUAUAUACAUGACCAGGGAUGGACGUAUGAGCAUGGCCGGUGUGACGACGAGAAAUGUGAGUUAUUUAGCAGAUGCAAUGCAUCAAGUCAGCUAUUACGAUCGACAAUCCUUAAACGUCUCCAAUGCCAGCUUCUAAGGAUGUCGUCUCAAAAACAGUUCAAAUCUUUUCAUUCUCAAUUAUAUAUAUAUAUAUAGAAGAAAUCUAAUAGGUGAGCCAACCAUCUGUUUUUUUACCAGCUUUGGUGGCAGAAACUUGAAUGAAAUACUACUGUAUAGCUAAAAUAUAACUGCUUUCUGAAGCAGCAGAAUUUACUGAGAAUCCUGAUAGGAUAUGGAGAGCCACUAUAUCAAAUAUAACUAUGCUAAUGCUAGAUGUGAUGGGGGGAAAAACUUGGGGUAAUUUGUAGGAACUUUUUGGGAGAGAUUCAAACCUCAAAUUGUGUUAGAUUUGUGAUUCCUUCCUCCAUUUUUAUUACUUCAAAUUAGUAAAUUCUCGUUGUAUCGAUUGGUAUCAGUCUACCAGAGCAUUGUCUUACUAUAUACCACUCGUAUCAAUUGGUAUCAGAACAUUGUUACCGGAGAAUGUAAACAAGAGAGACAAAGUUGAUUGUGGAGUUUAAGAGUUUGACCGAAGGAAACAAAAUACAAAUGUCAUAUUAAAUGCCCAA